GCGUUCCCGCCCAGGCAGCGGCGGCGGGAGCGGCGGAGACGGCGGCGGCUGGAGUCCCGUUGCCGAGUCUCACAUCCGGGUUCUGGCCGUGACCCAGCCGCGGCCGCCGCGGAGAUGUGACCCGGCAGUACGGCAAACAUGGCGGAGCCAUCUGUUGAAUCUUCAAGUCCAGGGGGUUCAGCAACAUCAGAUGACCAUGAAUUUGAUCCAUCAGCUGACAUGCUGGUUCAUGAUUUUGAUGAUGAACGAACAUUAGAAGAGGAAGAGAUGAUGGAAGGAGAAACAAACUUCAGUUCUGAAAUAGAGGAUCUUGCAAGGGAAGGUGACAUGCCAAUUCAUGAACUGCUCAGCCUUUAUGGUUAUAACAAUGCUGUUCGACUGCCUGAAGAAGAUGAUGAAGAGGAGGAAGAGGAGGAGGAGGAAGGUGAUGAGGAGGAGGACGCCGAGAAUGACGACAAUAGUGGUUGUAGUGGGGAAAAUAAAGAAGAGAAUAUAAAGGAUUCAUCAGGACAGGAGGAUGAAACUCAGUCUUCCAAUGAUGAUCCAUCACAGUCUGUUGCUUCUCAAGAUGUCCAAGAAAUAAUCCGUCCACGUCGAUGUAAAUAUUUUGAUACAAAUAGUGAAAUAGAAGAAGAAUCUGAAGAAGAUGAAGAUUAUAUUCCUUCAGAAGACUGGAAAAAGGAGAUUAUGGUCGGCUCCAUGUUUCAAGCAGAGAUUCCAGUGGGCAUUUGUAAAUACAAAGAGAAUGAAAAAGUCUAUGAAAAUGAUGAUCAGCUCCUGUGGGACCCGGAAUACUUACCUGAAGAUAAAGUGAUUGUAUUUCUUAAGGAUGCUUCUAGAAGAACAGGUGAUGAGAAAGGUGUGGAAGCAAUUCCUGAGGGAUCUCAUAUAAAAGACAACGAACAGGCUUUGUAUGAGUUGGUGAAAUGCAAUUUUGACACAGAAGAAGCAUUGAGAAGAUUAAGAUUUAAUGUAAAAGCAGCUAGAGAGGAAUUAUCUGUUUGGACAGAGGAAGAGUGUAGGAAUUUCGAACAAGGGCUGAAGGCCUAUGGGAAGGAUUUUCAUUUGAUUCAGGCUAAUAAAGUCCGAACAAGGUCAGUUGGUGAAUGUGUAGCGUUCUAUUACAUGUGGAAAAAAUCUGAACGCUAUGAUUUCUUUGCUCAGCAAACACGAUUUGGAAAAAAGAAAUACAAUCUUCAUCCUGGUGUAACGGAUUACAUGGACCGGCUUCUGGAUGAAAGUGAAAGCGCCGCUUCUAGUCGCGCCCCCUCUCCCCCCCCCACCGCCUCCAACAGCAGCAACAGCCAGUCCGAGAAGGAAGAUGGAGCCCUCAGCAGCAGCAACCAGAAUGGUGUACCAUCUAAUGGAUCCGGCGAACCGCUGAACAGAGAAGAAGUGAAAGUUGAAGGGUUACACGUCAACGGACCAGCGGGGGGAAGUAAGAAACCACUGCACACAGAUACGGACACUAACGGCUAUGAAGCGGACGACCUUCCCACUGACCCCAAACUUGCUCACAUGACUGCAAGGAACGAGAGUGAUUUUGAGGAGCGAGGCGAGAGACCUGCCAAAAGGCGGAGGGUGAACAGCAGUGGGAAGGAAAGCCCGGGCUCUUCCGAGUUCUUCCAAGAAGCAGUCUCACAUGGGAAGUGUGAAGAACUUGAAAACACAGAUGACUAAAUUUUACAUCUUCAUUUUACUGUCUCUGGAGUAAAUUCUGGUGUGACUAAAAUUUUCAGGGUUGAUGGGUUACCUUAAAAAGUUGAUUUCCUUCAAGUAGUUGGUUAAAAUUUGAAAACUGAAUUGGGUCCGACUUUAAUAACAUUUUUUAAUUCUGCCUUUUGCAGAUAUUUUAUUUUGGAAUUGUCAGAUACCCUUUUAAGGAUAUAAAAAAAUAGGAAGUUGAAAUGAACUAGAGCUGUAUGUGGACCUUCUCAUUUGAUGGAGUGAUCCUAAAAUUCCACUGCAAGGUAAUUUUUGCCUAAAUUGAGGAAGGAAUGGAAAAAAUCAAGUCCAAAUUUCUACUUAGCACCAUUUUUUUUUUAGUUUUGUGAAAUGUUUGUCUUUGUAACAGACAUUUUUCUCUCUAUACAAAUUAUCAUUAUUAAGGAAACCCUGUGAAUCCUGAAAGUUAUGCUAGCAUGAUUUUUUUUAUAUAUAGAAAUUUAAAAAUAAACCAAGUCAGGUUUGUGUAUGUAAAAUUGUUGACAUCAAUGAUGUCUUUCCAUAUUCUUAUCUGGGCUUAAGAAAUACAUUCUGUAUUUUUCCAGAUUCUUUGUAGCCUUUGAAAGAUUUUUACAGUACAUAUGUCUUGACUGAGCUGUCCUUUCUUAAUACAAAAGCUUGUAUAAUUUUCUUAACUUGUACAGUUGGUAAACUUUUAUGAGAGGAAUUGAUAUUCUGAGUCUGUCAGCUUUCAUUUUAUUUUGCUAAGUUUUUGUAAUGAAUUUUUAAAGUGUUUGCAUAGUUAACUAAGUCUUGUUUCUUAUCCAGGUGGUAAAAGCAUUCAUAAAAUUGUGAAAAUUUGUCUUUUCAGAUUUCUACUUAAGGUCAGAUAAUUUCAGAAUUCUUAAAUUUAGCAUGAACUUAGCUUGCACAGUUUGGUUUGCAUUUGUUAUAAUUUCCAAAAUUAUUUUGAUGUAAAACAAGUUUAGUGUCAGCUUAAAUGUAUCAAGCUGACCAGAAUCCUGUUCAGUUAUUUUUAUAUGCAUUAUAGAAUUUCUCAUUUUUGCAUUAAAUAAACAGAAGGGAAACUGUCAAGUGCUGCUUAGUCACUGGCACUCACGGGAGUAACUGGGCAGACAGGAACGUCUCCGUCUACGGGGAGAAAGCGAUGGAGCCUGAACAUUCUUCACACCAGUUACAAUCCCGUUCUUCAGAUUUGACAGUGUUUUUCCAAAAUUGAAAUAAGAUACACAGUAACCAUUGCUCUACACGAUUACAAAUAGAGGGUUAUCCAUGUGCAUAGCCUUGUAAGAGUGCCAUUGUAUUUUUAGUCCUAAAUUCUUUUGUUAAAAAAUGUAGUUUCAUAAAGCUGAUAGACCAUCCUAUAUCCAAACUUUUAUAAAAGGCUCUUAAUUCUUAUUUUUCUCACACAGGCAUACUCCAAAUACUUCUUCCAGUUAAUUACCAGCCACCGGUGCAAAAGCCAAUGCCUUUUUGAAAUGAAUCUUCUGUCUUCUUGUUUUUAGUGGCUCAGCUGUCUGGUGCAGUUGAUGAGAGGUUUGCACUGAGAAUUUGUCGUGUAGGCCUUAUCCCGGUGAAGUGUUACUGUUAACGUGUUCAGGCUGCUUCUCUUCACCAGUGUGAACAGUUUUUUUCCUCAGUGUUAAAAGCCACUUUACAGCAUUCUACUUCAUAUAAUGUCCAUUCACUGUUACAUACACAUCCAGGUAAAUCAGAGGUUGGGGUGGAAAUGUUGAGAAGUGUGGGUUUUGUUUUGCUUCACUUCAAACAUUAAUCCAGAACGGCAGCAAUGUUAGCAGGCGUUCAUACACAUUUUCUAAAUCAGAUUUUAUUAAAUGAAUCCAAAGUAUCCCAGCUCUUUGUCAAAGGUGGUCUAUGACAGUGGUUUUAAAGAUGAGUGAUGCUGUACUUUUUCAGUUGUUGCGAUAUUAGAGAUACCAUUUUAAAGAUACAUUUUAUUUGCAGGUUUGUGAAGUUCUUGCAAACUAUUAUAACAGGAACAUUUCAAGUAAAUUCUCUCAGGCAUGUUUGCAAAUACAGCACAUACUGUAUACAUGUUAGGAAAUUUUACUUUUCUUAAUCUUUUUAAAAUAUACCUAAUGAAAGACAUUCCACUAUUAUAAUAUGCAAUGCUCAGCUUUUGGUAAGGAAAUAUUUAACUAUACUUUGCGUUUAUACAGGUUUUCCACACAGGACUUUGCUCUUCAUAAUGCAGCCACUAUAACUUGAUAAGUCAUUGCACUAUUUAAAAAUUCUGGGUGAUAUCAUGAAUUUUAUUUAAGAUGCAGCACAUUUCAGAGCUCUUAGGUGCUUGACAAACUGUUGGGAAAGAAGUCCUUGUUAGAGUUAGGCCUCCUUGGCUUGGCACCUGUAGCUCAGUCACUGGGGCGCCAGCCACAUACACAGAGCUGGUGGGUUCGAAUCCAGCCCAGACCAGCUAAACGAUGAC